AUGAAUUGCAAAUUAUUUUUCAUUACUACCCUUUUUUCUUUCCUAUUAUCCGUCGUUGGAGCAACAGACGCUAAACAAAAUGCUAUUAAAUUCAUCACUUCCAAUGGUGUUGUUUACAGUUAUGCUGUCAGGACCAAAACUUUAAGACCUGCUACGGUUAUUGUUAAAACCAUUGAAUAUACCACUACUAGAGUGAGACAAAUCACUUUAGAAAACUCUUCACUAACUUCCACAACUGAUACAUACACAGUUGCAUCCACUAUUACUACAUCCUCGAUUGAAACUCCAUCAGUCACUGCAAGUCUUUUAGAAGUAACCGACUCGCAUUCUACUUAUUCUAGUGAGAAACCACUAGCUACAUUUAGUCUCUUAGAUGAUGCGUCGAAAGUAGCUACAACCUCCACCGUUGUCUCAACUCCAUCCACUACAAAGACUUUGAGUCCUGCUAAAUCUACUGAUUCUUCUAUUUCAUCCGUGACAAGUGCUGCCACCAUGCCAAAGCCAUCUAGAAUCACCUCCACAUUAGAGCCAUCUGGAACAACUACAACAACUAGUUACACUACCACUACCACUACAUCUUCCUCAUCAACCCCUACUUCACUUUAUCAAGAAAAUGGUACAUGUUACUUAGAUUAUGACGGAAACGACGAAUAUUAUAGUACAGUCUACAUAACUGGCCCAAGCCAAUCUGUUGAUGCUGCCACAACCAUGACUAGUACUAAAAUUAAGUACCUUACAUUGACUUUGUAA